AUGCCAACUGUAUUCGUCAGCGCCGUUAGCGAGUCAAGUGAUCCCUACAGCAUACUACUGUACAAUGGAGAUAAUCGACGAAUGAGAGGUUCACAGCAAACUUCCACAUACCUCACGGCAAGCCCCCAGGAUACCAUUGCUGGUGCGUUCAAGAGGCUCAAAUCUUUAAUCUCCCAAAAAGAUGCGCAUAACUUCGCCUCAACAGAGUUAAAAGGUGUGUGGCUGGCCGUUCGCCAGAUCGAUAGCUCACAAAGGCAACGGCAAUCUGGUCAGAAUCUACGCCGUAUCGAACCUUUCUUGCGAGGUGUUGAAAAGUACUCGAAGAUAGUUGAAACUUUAUGCAAUGGCACACCUUACUUGUCGUUCAUAUGGGCUCCAAUAAAACUUAUGCUUCAAAUUGCGAGUCACCAUCGUGAUAUUUUCGAGGCCUUGAUUUCAGCAUAUGUUGAUAUUGGUGGAGCCUUACCACGAUUUGACCGAUAUCAAAAGGCUUUUGAUAAUAACAUCGAAUUUCAGCAAUCGCUUGCUACAGUAUAUACUAACAUUCUGGAAUUUCAUCAACGUACUCACAAAUUCCUUCGACAAAGAGCUUGGCAUGUUAUCUUUCUUUCCUUUUGGAAGGAUUUCGGGAGUCGAUUUGAUUCCAUCAUCAAUUCUUUGAAGAAACAUCGAGACUUUAUCGACAUAGAGGCUGCUUCUUUUGAUAUCGUCGAGUCAAGAGAGUCACGAGUUAAAAUGCAAGAAGACAUACAGCUGAGACUGAAGCGAGACUUAGAAAUGGUCGAAGAGAUUGAAAAGAAUGCGAAAGCUACUCGUUUGCAACACGCUAUUGCAUGGUUUACUCUUGAUGGGAAGAAUCAAGAAACUGAGCAUGACAGAAUCUCCAAAAAGCGACAUGACAAGACGUGCGAGUGGAUGGCGGGGGAACAGCAAUUCAAGAGUUGGAUAGAGAGCAAUACAGAAGAUCCGUGCCUGUGGCUUCAUGGCAAGCCGGGAUCAGGCAAGAGCGUUAUAUGCUCUCGCAGCUCUGGCAACGUUUGCCAGCAGAUCCUAGCAACCAUUGCAAUUCAAUUUCUUAGACAGCAUCAUGAAAUUUCCACUCUGGUUGCCAAUGAGUUUGUCUAUCGAGGGUUAGACUGCACAAUGACUCAGCUCAGAGCUUUAGUUCCACAGCAUCUACAGACUGUUGCAUCUACAAGAAUCGUUAUCGACGGCUUGGAUGAAUGUUCAAAGGAAGAUCAAAAAGCGAUAUUGAAAGAACUUCGCACUAUUUGUAUCGGUCCAGCGCUUCAAUGCAAGGUUUUAUUUUCUAGUCGAAAAGAAGCACACAUUCGCCCAAGGCUUCUCAAACAACCCUACAUCGCUCUGGACAGCCGCCAAGAAGUCAAUCAAGACAUUCAGUCUUACCUAAAAUACAAGAUGUCUAAACUUGACACUUCCGAUCAGGACUUAUUGAAGAGAAUUGAAAAAACUUUGAUAGAAAAGGCGAAUGGUAUGUUUUUAUGGGUUCGGCUAGUCUUAGACGAGCUCAAAUUUUGCUACAGUGAUGAAGCAUUGGAAAGGGCAGUCAUGAGCUUACCGAGAGGUUUGAAAGCAGCGUAUGGUCGAAUUCUCGACAGAAUCAUGGAUCCCAACAAUCCCGAGACGGCAAGAUUCAUGGCUAUUCGUAUUUUGGAAUGGAUGGCAUGUUCUUAUCGAGUACUUAAAAACUACGAAAUACUUGAUGGAGUUGCACUUGAUCGUUCAAAUCGGACUCUUACAUCCAGAACAAGAAUCGGGAAAAGAGCAUUGGAUCUCUGCCGUCCUCUUAUAGAAGAUGGUCCCGCAAAUACAGUCGAAUUUGUGCAUUUUUCAGCAAGAGAAUAUCUACUUGACGAAGAAUAUCAAGAGAAGCUGCCAUUUCUGUCACGUGAAAGCGCACAUCUCAAUAUCUCUUUCUCUUGUAUCGCCAUACUGAAUUCCUGCGACAAUUUAAUUCCAAGUAACUUCACGGAAGCUCAAAGGGCUACUGUAGUCGUAAAAGGAUUUCAUGGUCUGCUCACGUAUGCCAUUGCGUUCUGGUACAAGCAUCUCCUAGAGUGUUUUCAGAAGCAUGCUCAACUGUCGACAGAGCUUCUAGAUCAACUGCAAUUUUUGUUACGCUAUAGGAAAGAAAUCACCCCACCAAAAGACACACGAGAAAAUACUGGAGCUAUCACCGACAAUCAGAGUUUGCAAGGUUUGAGUCAUCUGUCUGAAAUUAAAAAGUUAAUGUCAGAUAUUCUUCGGUUGAAAGCCCGGUCGAAGUUACACUCGGAGGCUGCUUUAGACAAAUCUCCGGAAAAGAUCUCACUGGAUAUAUGUGAAAUGGAUCCUACUCACUUAAGUACCAUUGGCCACCAAUUUCAACAAACGAUCGAGUCUCUGUUGGGAACCAAUGCUCCGGUGGCGUUUCCUAAUAUCAACCAGAUGGAUAUACAAGUUCUUCGAGAGACUUAUGGCGCCUCAGUUUUCAUAUGUCGAUAUGUAAAUUGUGUUCGUAAUGUUGAUGGCUUUGAAACUUCCUCUCAACGGGACAAGCAUGAGUCACAUCAUCAACAUCGGUAUCGAUGCGCGCAUUCUUCGUGUGCAUAUUUCACGAGUUGUUUUGUCACCCGAGUGCUCCUGAACAAACACAAUAAAAAGUAUCAUUCCCUUACCACAAAUGAAGAGUCACCUAGCCUUGCAGAAAUCCUUGCGCCCAAGACAGAACCCCUUCUUGUGAAUGCAUACCCGUUCAAAAUAGAGCCGGAUACUUUCCCCGACUUAGGCUCUUAUAAUAAUAGUCCCUCAAGCCCCACCUUCACACCAGUCUCCCCCUCCAUCUCCUAUCGCUCAAUUCCAGACGGAAUUUAUGCCGACUAUUUAAAGGAACCUACUCCCUCUUGA